AUGGCUGAAGCUUCCGUUACGCUCGGGGCCAAGGCUUAUUCUCUCUCUUCCUCUGCCGUCUGCGCCGUCGCCACCGGUCUCUCUCACGUGCGGAUCGACUCAACUGCAAUUGAUAGACUCUCCUCCUCCAAGGAGACUACCACCACCACGACGCCGUCUUCGUCUGAUCAAAGCAUCACCGUCCCCGAUUUCCUAACCCUAGAGGAAUCCCGCGCCUUCCUUCUCGUCCUCCUCAACAGCCUCCUUAUCUCCAACGCUCCCUCUCGCAUUCCCCUCCUCCUCGCCGAAACCCUCAAUUCCAACCCUGGCACUUUCCUAUUCGACGACGCUGACCUUGUCACGGAAGAUGAACACACGUGCUCCACCCUGCUCGGGGUUUCCGCCAUUCUCGACCACCAAUCCACCGCGCUUUCCGCGUUCGCUGACGUGGCGGCCGCGUUCUCCUGCGAGGCCUUGAAGGCUGACGUGGCAGCCUUCAAUUUGAUGGAUUCCGGCGAUGGACACAACUCCAAGGAGGAGGUUGGCGUUGCCGCGGACUUGAGGGUUCUGCUCAACGGAUCCAAGUCGGUUGGUAAAGAGAAGGUUCGGUCCGUCGCGAGGGUUCCCAAAGUUCACGGGAGUGUGAGGGAACAUGCUAAGGCCAUUCACUCAAGGAUGCGUGUUGAGUUGAAUUCAGGGGUUAAGAGUGCGGUUGGGAGUGAGGAAGCUGUGUGCACUGUGCUGCUGCCGUUGGCGGCAGCAUUGCGUGAACUCGGCGAGUGUAGUUUGGCAGGUGCAAAGAGUAAUGUGGAGGGUAUUGGUGGUGAUGAUUUGAAAUUGGGUAUUGCGGAAAUUUUUGGGAAGGACUGCCCCGCUGAGGAUGGUUUGAGCAGUGGUUUUAAUAAGGCUGUGAACUUCUUUUUGGAAAAGGAGUAUGUUAAGUUUGCACACGAGGUGUUUGUGCUGCUGGGGCUUGUGUGGAAAGUUGUGGCAUGGGAAGCCGUGACGGCGUUUGCGGUGCUAGAGUCUGCUGAGUUGAAUGAGGUGUUUAAAAGUGCUAAGGAAAAUGGAGAGAAUCCGAAAGUAGAGGCGAACUCGAAAGCAGAGAAGAAGAAGAAGAAAGUUGUUUUGGGGAAAGGGACUAGCUCGAUUUUGGCAUUGAUCAAGGAGAGGUUACAGAGUCGUGGAAAGAUGUCUUUGGGGACUUGGGUGACGGAUUUUCUAUCAUUUUUGGAUUUGGCCAAACCUGAGUUUAACGAAUUUUUAUUGAAAGUUAAGGAUGUUGUGGAGAGCAAUGAAAGCAGAAGAUUGCCCAAGAUUCCUAAGGUACUGGGUGUGUAUGCUUAUGAGAAAAAGUGGAAGGAUGUAGAUAAUAAUGCAUUUUAUAAUUUGAUAGUGAUUUUCGGGACUCGUGAUUUUGCUAAAGAACAAAUGACAAUUAGAAAGAAAGCUUUUUCAAUUAUAGAGGAAGUUUUUGAGAGGCAUGGUGCGACUGCCUUAGAUACUCCUGUUUUUGAAUUGCGAGAAACUCUUAUGGGAAAAUAUGGAGAAGAUUCAAAGUUGAUUUAUGAUCUUGCCGACCAGGGUGGGGAGCUUCUUUCUUUGAGGUACGACUUGACGGUUCCAUUUGCUAGGUUUGUGGCUAUGAAUGGUUUGACAUCUUUCAAAAGGUACCAAAUAGCUAAGGUUUACAGAAGGGAUAACCCAUCUAAGGGAAGAUACCGUGAAUUUUAUCAAUGCGAUUUUGAUAUUGCUGGUACUCCACCUGAAAAAAUGGGCCCAGACUUUGAGGUCGUUAGGAUUUUGACUGAACUACUUGAUGAGCUGGACAUUGGGGAAUAUGAGAUAAAGUUGAAUCAUAGAAAGUUACUGGAUGGCAUGAUGCAGAUAUGUGGUGUACCUCCGGAAAAGUUUAGGACAAUAUGUUCAAGCAUUGACAAGUUAGACAAGCAGUCUUUUCAACAGAUAAAAAAAGAAAUGGUGGAAGAAAAAGGAUUAACUGCUGAGACAGCAGACAGAAUUGAAACUUUUGUUAAGGAAAAAGGAUCUCCCUUAGCAUUAUUAUCUAAAUUUAUACAGGAGGGUAGUGAUUUCUCCAAACACGAAGGAGCUUCUGAAGCAUUAAAGGAACUGGAAAUUUUAUUUAUAGCCCUGGAAAAAUCCAAACGCAUUGAUAAAGUGGUUUUUGACUUGAGUCUUGCUAGAGGUCUGGAUUAUUAUACUGGAGUUAUAUUUGAAGCUGUUUUCAAAGGAGGCACUCAGGUUGGUUCAAUUGCUGCUGGUGGGCGAUAUGAUAAUCUUAUAGGGAUGUUUGGUUCUAAGACAGUGCCGGCAGUUGGUGUAAGUCUGGGAAUUGAGAGAGUAUUUGCCAUAAUGGAACAACAACAAAAGGAUCAGAACCAGAUGGCUCGUCCAACCAAGACAGAAGUGCUAGUGAGCAUAUUGGGCAAUGAUUUAACACUUGCUGCAGAGCUAGCCGGAGAACUGUGGGAUGCUGGGGUGAAAGCAGAAUUCUUGGUCCAUAAAAGAAGAACCAAACACUUUGAAUAUGCAAAAGAAUCAAGGAUCCCUUGGAUGGUACUUGUUUAUGAGCAGGAAGUAAAAGAAAAAGGCGUGCUGCAACUGAAAGAUCUCGAGAACAAUAUUGAUAUAACGCUUCCUAGAACGGAAUUUGUGCAGGAACUUCGGAGACGGUUAUACCCUUAA